GUUGGCUGCUCGCUGCUUGCUCGUCUGUCCCGACGGCCUGCACGACUACCACAACAUCUGUCUCUUGACGCUCUCUCUGACUCUCCAUCUGGGCUGAGUACUGGUCUUGUGUACCACGACUGACCCUGCACUGCCUGUGACGGCAUUUUGCCCUCUCUUUCGAUUCUUCACUUGCCCUUCGUCCCCUUUCUCUCCCCGUGUUUCCUCCCGUGGAAUCGGCAGCCAUCAUGGCGGACAGCGAGUUCUCCCCCAAGUUCGCUCCGUUCUUUUCCUUCGCAGGAAUUGCGUCAGCUAUGAUCUUCGGAUCACUGGGAGCAGCUUAUGGAACGGCCAAGUCGGGCAUCGGUAUCGCCGGUGUGGGAACCUUCAGGCCCGAUCUGAUCAUGAAGUCGUUGAUCCCGGUCGUCAUGUCCGGUAUUAUCGCAGUCUACGGCCUCGUGAUUUCGGUCCUCAUCGCCGGUGAUCUGGACCCCCCUCCGAACAAGUACAUGAGUCUCUACACUGGGUUCAUGCAUCUUGCCGCGGGAUUGUCGGUCGGCCUCGCGGGCGUGGCGGCUGGAUACACCAUCGGUAUAGUUGGAGAUGCGGGUGUUCGCGCGUACAUGCAACAAUCCCGGGUUUAUGUCGGAAUGAUCCUGAUCUUGAUUUUUGGCGAAGUCCUCGGUCUCUACGGAUUGAUUGUUGGCCUGAUUCUCAACUCCAAGAGCUCUGGCUGAGCCGGGCCUGUCUUUGCACUUGGCGUUCCCGGUUGUUGGCCGCUUACAUUCGAAUGGACCCAUGGACCCUUUGGCUCCUAUAGAAACCCCAUGGCCAGGGAUCCGGUCCAGUGAGAUUGCCAUGGAGGCGUUGCGGGGCUGCGUAGCCCUUGGGGCACAGUAAACCCUGGACGCCGGCUGAGAUGGAUGCCGUUCGUCCGGGCGUAUUGGGG